CAUAGCUGAAGUUCAUUCGCACUUCAAGACUCCAAAAUGGAGACCCACCAUCGUGCACCUCUUUUGCUUGAUAGAAAAGAUGUUGUGCUUGUUAAAGCAGCAAAACCAACUCCUUCAAAGACCCUUUCUUUCUCUACUAUCGACAAUGAUCCCAACCUUGAAUUUGUGUGUCAUAGUGUUUAUGUUUACAAAGCAAAUUCUGUUUCUUCUGAUAAUGGCAGUGCUGACCAUGAUCUUGCAUCAAAACUUAAUGGCCAGGCAGACCCUGCUCGUGUAAUUAAAGAUGCAAUAUCUAAAGUUUUGGUUCAUUACUAUCCUCUAGCUGGAAAGCUGAAGAGGGAUAGUAGUGACGGAAAACUUUAUAUCAACUGCAAUGGUGAAGGUGUGCCAUUCUUAGAGGCAACAGCAAAUUGCAAGCUUGCUUCUCUUAAAUACCUAGAUGGGAUUGAUGUUGAAACUGCCGAAGAAUUUGUCUUUGAUUUUCCACCAAAGAGUGACUUUGGUUACCACCCUCUAAUGUUUCAGGUGACCAAAUUUCCAUGUGGGGGUUUCACAAUAGGAAUGGGCUUAUCACACUCAGUUUGUGAUGGGUUUGGUGCAUCACAAUUGUUUAGAGCCUUGGCUGAACUUGCUAGUGGUGAAAGUGAGCCCUCAGUGAAACCUGUGUGGGAGAGGGAGAGACUGGUAGCGAAGUCUACUCAGGGACCUCUCCAAUAUCCUGUGGACAAGAAGGCAUCUUCACCGUAUUUGAUAACAAAUGACAUUCUGCAUGAAUGUUUUUUUGUGAAAGCUGAGACUAUAAAAAGACUCAAAAUGAGUCUCAUGAAGGAGUGUGGAGAUCAUGAAGAGAUGAAAGGAAGUUUCACUACUAUCGAAGUUCUUGGUGCUUAUAUCUGGAGAUCAAGAUUCAGAGCCUUCAAAUUGAACCCAGAUGGAAACACCUUGUUCUGUCUAGCUAUGGGGAUAAGGCACCUUUUGAAUCCACCAUUGCCGAGUGGAUACUAUGGAAAUGCUUUUGUGGGCUCAAAUCUGGUCAUGACGGGGAAGGACCUCAACGAAGGACCAUUAUCUAGGGUUGCCAAGCUCAUCAAAGAGAGCAAGAAACAUGCUUCCAAUGCUCACUACAUUUGGAGCCAAAUAAGCAUGUUGGACAAGGUCAGGGAGCUCAACUUCAAGAUUGAUUCAGAUAACGGCGCAUCAAUGGUUUUGACUGAUUGGAGACAAUUAGGUCUACUCGAGGAAGUAGAUUUUGGAUGGAAAGGUUUAGCGAACAUGAUACCAGUGCCAUUGAAGAUGUUUGGUUUUGUCUAUUUGUGUAUUUUCUUGCCUCCUUGCAAUUUGGAUCCUUCAACAAAAGGUGGGGUUAGAGUGCUUGUGUCUCUCCCAAGAGCUGUCAUGCCCAAGUUCAAGGAAGAGAUGCAUGCUCUCUCUCAGCUUGGUGAUGAUGAUGAUAUAGUUCCAAUGCUUGAACCUGCCAUAUUAAUUUGAUUUGACCACAACAUAAUGUAUGUAUAUCUAAAUUAUGCUACUUGUAAUUUUACUUUGAUUAUCAUGCAUGCCCAAGUAAUGUAUCAUCUUCAUGCCUCUAAACGAGGGGAAUGUAAAAAUCUGGAUGAUAUUUUUUCUUACUU